AUGGCUGGCACUUCCCCCAGCCGACGCUCUUCUCGUGCGCGAACAACCCAAUCUCAAUCGAAUCAUUCCUCUACUGCGUCCAGUGCUUCUGGGCGUGUCGAACGAAGCACGAGAGCUUUCGCAAAGACCGGAUCACCCCAGAAGUCUACCGGCAGUGCAUCUCUCUCUUCUGAGCCCCCCGAGGACUCAACCACCACCACCACCACCAACGACGACGGCAUUCUCCGCCGGCGCAGUACGCGCGCCAGAGACGACGAUCGAGAAAAGCAGCCAAGAUCGGAGCUCGUCGCCAUGCCACCCGCUGGCAACGAAGUACAGGAGGACGACGAGUCUGUCCGAUGCAUCUGUGGUCAUGACGAAUAUCCUGGACCACCGCCUUUCGAUGAAGACUCGAAGCAUGGCGUCACAGAUGCAAUUGACCAUGAGCGCAUCUUCGCCAUCGAGAUCACAGACGAGAUGGCUGGCUUCUUUGUACAAUGCGAGAUCUGCAACACAUGGCAACAUGGGGCCUGCGUUGGCUUCACAACAGAAGAAUCAAACCCCGACGACUUGGAGUAUUUCUGCGAGCAGUGCCGUAAGGACCUACAUCGCACCUACACCGCCAGCAAUGGACAAAAGUACUCCAUAUUCCUGCCCAUCCACCGGCCUUCGCGGGCUGCGUCUCGAGCCACAUCCACAGCCAAAGAUGGUGCGCCAUCUCCUGACGACAGUGUCGGCAAAAGCUCGCGCGCCUCGGCAGCGGCACAGAUGGCGAAGCGACGCUCCACGAUGAACAGUCGCGAUGCCGCUUAUGACGAAGAAGAACAACUCCGCCGCGCCAUCGAGGCAAGUAAAGAGGAUGCGGGAACUGAAGAACCGGAAUCGGCGCCAAGGCGCCCAAAGCGAGGCAGAGAUGGAAGUGAAGAGUACGCGAUCGACCCCCACGUGCUUGCACAAAUGCCUAACAUUGUGGACAGAAAACUCGACGACAUUAAGCGGCAACGAACUCACUCAAAAUCACCAUCCCCUGAGGGUGAGAAAACGCAUUCAGCAGAUUUAGAUGAGUCUGAAGACGAGUCGGGGACUCGCAAUGGGUCUAAACGCUCCCGAAAUGCAGUCCGAAAUCAGCGUGAGAAGGCGGAACGAGACGAGCGCCGCGAGGAACAGGAACGCAAACGGGCCGAGGCGGCUAGUAAACGCAAAGGCCGAGCUGAGCGUCGCCGAGUCGAAGACGACGACCCCUCAGAGGAGAUGCCGCUCGCAGCACGAGCAGCAGUGAACCGAACGACAGAACCAGCACAAGCCCCAGAGCCUCCUCCUCCAUCGUCGCAACCACCGCCUGAUACACCGCCCGCUACCCAACCAACUACAUCCACAAACAAGAAGAAACCCGCAGCACAAUCGAAGAAGAAAGGCCGGAACCAAUAUACUAAGGACCGCGAUAACCACGACCACGAGGACUCCCCGGCCAGGUCGAUAUCGCGUGAUGUCCACCGGAAUGGGGAUGAAAAUGGCACAUCCCAUGCCAAAAGCUCGGGUCACGACAACACCACUAAGCAGAGCAAAUCCAAGGGCGGCAUGAAUUCUAGAGUCACCAUGAGUGAUAUGAAGAGACGGGCCAAUGGUAUACUCGAGUACAUCAGUCGCACACAGGUCGAGCUGGCGAGCGAACCAUUGGCUGAGUCGGCACCCGACCUGGCUCAAGGAUCAACACAUGACGGCUCUGGCUCUGGUGGUGCCUUCUCCCAAACGAAAGUCAACGGCAAUGGAAGCACCACCACCAAAAAGGUCGCCAAGGAUAUCUCGGUCUCUAAUGAAAUCACGAGUAACGGUAUAGUAUUACCGAAAGAUUUCAAAGAAUUGAGCUGUGUCGAAAUGAUGGACAUACUGGCAAGGGAUGUGCUGAAGUGGCAGAAUGAAUUCUUUCAUUGA